AUGCCACGUACUGGUUGACGUUUACAGUUUGGAGGACACUUCCUGAUGCUGGCACCCGGGUCUAGCUAGGCUAGCUAACAGACUUAAUUUUCACGGUUUUGGGAAACCUGUGAAAAGCAGCGUGGGCAAGUCGUCUGAUUCAGUGGUGGGAGCAGAAGAGGUCGGACGGCACCAUGAACGGCCAGCUGGACCUGACCGGGAAGCUGAUCAUCAAAGCCCAGUUGGGCGAUGACAUCAGACGCAUCCCUAUCCAUAAUGAAGACAUUACUUAUGAUGAGCUAGUGCUGAUGAUGCAGCGUGUUUUCAGGGGAAAGCUGCAGAGUAAUGAUGAGGUUACCAUCAAAUACAAGGAUGAGGAUGAUGACCUCAUCACCAUCUUUGACAGCUCCGACCUCUCCUUCGCCAUCCAGUGCAGUAGAAUACUCAAACUAACUUUGUUUGUGAAUGGUCAGCCUCGGCCUUUGGAGUCUAGUCAGGUGAAGUACCUGCGCAGGGAGCUCAUUGAGAUCAGAAAUAAAGUCAACAACCUCUUGGACAGCCUGGAGCCCCCAACAGAACCGGGUCUGGCUGCUACAGCACCAGACAGCGAAUCAGUGGAUGGACGCGAAGGCAAAGUGGUGGCAGCAGACCCCACAGUUAAACAGGUGACUCCUGUCAGUGCAGCCAGCAUGUCAGCCUUUGACCCAUUAAAAAACCAGGACGAGGUCAACAAAAAUGUCAUCUCCGCUUUUGGCCUGAGCGAGGACCAGGCCCCAGGUCCCCCAGCAGUUGCACCAGAGGAGCGCUCAGGAACCCCUGACAGCAUUGCCUCCUCCUCGUCUGCAGCCCCUCAACCAGGAGUGCCCCCACAACCACAGGCUCCCUAUGCUGGAGUACAGCAGGGACCCCCAGCUGGCAUGGAUGGUCAGGUGUACCAGCAGUACCAGGCUCCAGGUGGAUAUCCGCCUCAGCAACCAGGUGCCCCGCCGCAGCAGCAGCAGUACGGUAUGCAGUACCCUGGAUACAGCACUCAGCCCGGAGCCCCUCAGCCUGGCCCUCCACAGCCGCAGCCGCCGCAGCAGCAGCAGCAGUUUCAGAACUACGCACCUCCCUCCUCCCAGGCUCCGGCCCCUGGUCCAGCCCCAGCUCCGGGCUUCCAGGGUGGCCAGCAGCAGCCCCAUCCAUCUCAGGGAGCCCAGCAGUAUGCACCGGGAAGCUUCCCUCCUCAAAACUAUACCUCCCAGGCCUCCCAGCCUGCCAACUACAGCAUGCCGCCCAGCUCCCAGCCUGGCUCAGGGUACCAACCCCGCCCUGGAUACACCCCGCCUCCAGGCAGCACCGUCACCCCUCCACCAGGAGCUGCUAACCCGUAUGCCCGCAACCGCCCCCCUUACGGCCAAGGCUACACUCAGCCAGGCCCUGGAUACCGGUAAAAGAGGAUAGCGGAUGUUGCCGAUCCUCACACGCCCCUCAAAUCCCCCACCCUAUAUGUGGCUCCAACUGUUUGGCGUGGGUGCAGGAAAUAUGGUCUACUGCUCUGCAUUCCCCCCACCCCCAUACAAAUAUCAAAUCCAAAUAUGAAACAAGCAGCUCCCCCAGUCUGAUGGUUAGUGUUUGUAUGCCGUCUCUCCAACACACCGCUCUGUUCUGGCCCUGGUGUCUGUUCCUUGUGUUUCUCCCCCCCCCCCUCCUGUCUCCACCACCACCGGUGUCUGCCCUCUCGCCUCCGUCAUUGUAAAACUGUAACCAGUCUGUUUGCACACACCUGGAAGACCAAAACAGGCUGUUGCACAAACUGUUUAUUGUUCUUUUCAUGGUAACGCUUCAUUUCGCGAGUGAGAUCAGCAUCCACAUUCUGCCUUUGUGUCACACAUGUCAACGACAGACAUCUCAGCCGCUUGUGUUGAGAUUACUGUGUGUAGAUGCAUUUAUGAGACGCUGUCUGAAUGAAAAGUUACCCACCUGUCAUUUGUUUUGUCUGUUUGUUUUGUGUUUUUUCUUUUUUUGAUCAACUUCACCACCAUGUCGGUAUUAAUGAUGUGUCAAUGAAACUGCCCCAUGUUGGGAACACUAGCUAAGUGAUGGCUUAUGGGAGGUGUAGAUCCCAGCGUCAUGAAGAAGGCUUCGUUUGUUUAGCUUGUUAUAUCACCUCCAGUAAAGCUUGCUAUUCCUCUUUCUCUUUCUCUUAUCACUGGUUUUUACUAAUAAAUCAAAUUCCACCUUCAAGUGAGAUUAGUUGUUUAUGUAUAAACUGUAACAUUUUUUUCUUGAACCUAAUAAAUGAUUGAGACCC